CCGUGUAGACAGUUGUCUUGAUUAUGAAUAUUCGUUCGUUCGUUUAUUGUGUGAUGAAAACUGACUUUGCACGCAAGGGAAAGUGAAUCUCGAAUGAUGAGAAACAAUCUCUCUGUCGUCGAUAACAUUGAUGUACCGAUGGACUUCAGUUUGGAUUUACGAAACUGCGUUUAUGCGAGCUGAUACCAGUACAUUUCAUAAAUCGCAUUUUGCGACAUAAUAGGCCUAUACUCUGAUUUCAUGUGACGCGCAAGAAACUCUAAGGCGUGUCGUCUUUCAAAUUAAGCCUACUUAACGGUUAUGAGCCACUGAUAGUAUAGACGCCAUGAUAUCCACUAUCAGAUGGCAUGCAACAGGUGGCAGGAAAAUGGAAAAGAUGAUUCCAUUGAACGAAAUAUUAUCGAGUUGCCUGGUCUUCGCUUGUUUGGUGUCGUGGCAUCUAGGAACAGUUCAAGCUUCCGACAAAAAUAUGACUACAGCAGCCCCACCAAACACGAUAGCCACAGAGAAAGAGCUUGUUGAGAAGCUCAUGUCGUCCUAUGGUGAUACGUCAGUUCGGCCAGUCAGAAAUCAUUCCCAGCCUGUAGUAGUCUUCUUCAGGAUGCUCCUUUAUGAACUCAUUAAACUGGAUGAAACUCGGCAGAUUGUGAACAUUCGUACCAAUAUGCGGCUGCAAUGGGUAGAUGAGUAUUUGCAAUGGGACCCAGAGGAGAACGGUGGCAUCUAUAACCUCACACUGAAAAUGCAUCAAGUAUGGAGACCCGAUAUAUUUCUCGAUGAAGACGUGGACCGUGAUUUCAUCAGCCUUCCAGAGGCUGAAACAUUUGUGAUAGUCCAACACACUGGGGCGAUGGACUGGCUAUUUCCAGCAGUCACAACCAGUGCGUGCAAGAUGAACAUCGAGUAUUACCCAUUUGAUAGCCAGUUGUGUGUCCUUACAUUCUAUCCCUGGACACUCGAUGAAAGUAAGAUGCGCUUAUUCGCCAAGAACGACGAAGAUGCCUUCCAAGCUCGUUACGUCAAGAACGGCAUCUGGUCUUUGGUGAGCUUCACAGCCACCAACCGAAGCAUCAAGUACCUUUGUUGUCCCUACCCUAACGACCACAUCGAGUAUCGACUAACUUUCCUGAGAGAGUCAGGCUUCUUUCUCACCAACGUGGUGGUGCCCGCCAUCUUCCUGACGGCGCUCAUGUUGGUUGGGUUCUGGUUGCAUCCGGACUCAGGGGAGAAGGUGACCUUCACCGUGACCAACCUCCUGGCGCUCACGCUCUUUCAGCAGUUAGUGGCUGACAAAAUGCCGCCCAUCGGCGAACCAAGAUCUAUCUUAGUCACGUGUUUCUUCAUGCUGAUCAUCCUAAGCGGAUGCGCUGUGUUCCUCUCAGUACUUGUGUUACGGCUCUACCACCACGACACCAACACCAGGCCUCCACGAUGGGUCAUCAAGCUUAUCAUGCCUUGGUUCUCAAGAAGUGGAGCCAGAGGCUACAUCAGGAAGAUUUACAUCAUAGAAAAAGAAAGCAAAGUCACCACCAACGAGGAAGUCCUCACCAAUGGCAACACAGCGACCACCAUUUUGACCACCACGGAUGUGAAAAAAGAUGAAGUCCGGCGCUUAGCAUUCGACUCAGAAAGUAAAGACGUCAACCAAUUUGUCUGGAGACAAGUCGCUCUGGCUUUCGAUUCUUUGUGUGGAACAGUUCUCUGUUGCGCUAUGUUAGGAAAUUUCAUGUUUGCGCUUAUUAGUUUUCUGAAGUGAUGUUGAAUAAGUCUUUAUUAUUGACAAAAUAGGAUUCCUCUAUCGAGUGUCCGUGUGAACUGCUCAAACAAUUCUAGGUGAAAUGAAAAAGUAUAAUAUUUAUAUUGUUUCUUUGUAUACAAAUAAUUGUUAUCGUGUUAUUAAAUAUUUAUGAUUGUUCUUCAUUCCAUUCGUUCCACUUAUCAAUUAUUUAUGUGCAAUACAAAUAUAAGUAAAAUGCUUUAUGAAAUCUGAAUUCAGACCAUUUUAGUAAUUUGUAAUGCUGUGUCCUGACAAAGUUUGAUCAAUACUAUAGAGCAGGGGCUGAUACACAAUGUUCAUUAAAGGGGAAGGGGAUGGAGUUCCCUGAUAACUGCAUCAUGAGUCCACCUUUGUUUAAAGACAUCAAUAAUUGUUUAAUGGUAACACAUUUUCAUUAAGGCUAAGCUCAAACUUCAGGAUUAUUAUCGGGGAUGAAAGAAAAGAAGCAGGGUCUGUAUGGUACUUAAACCAAGGACAAAACAAGGUAUAUUGUGAAUACGCGUAUUAAAAAAAACAUUG